AUGCCACCAGCUCCCCCAGCCAACAUCGCAAGCCAUACAAUGUCACACGGCUCCCCCAGCCUACAUCGCAAGCCGAACAAUGUCCUACGUGUCCCCCAGCCUACAUCGCAAGCCAAACAAUGUCCCACGUGUCCCCAGCCUACAUCGCAAGCCAUACAAUGUGACACGGCUCCCAGAGCAUACAUCGCAAGCCAUACAAUGUCCCACGUGUCCCCCAGCCUACAUAGCAAGCCAAACAAUGUCACACGUGUCCCCCAGCCUACAUCGCAAGCCAUACAAUGUCCCACGUGUCCCCCAGCCUACAUCGCAAGCCAAACAAUGUCACACGGUUUCCUCAGCCUACAUCGCAAGCCAUACAAUGUCCCACGUUUCCCACAGCCUACAUCGCAAGCCACACAAUGUCCCACGCCUCCCCCAGCCAACAUCGCAUGCCAUACAAUGCCACCAGGCUCCCACAGCCAAAAUCGCAAGCCAUACAAUCGAACAUCGCAUUCCAUACAAUGCCACCAGGCUCCCACAGCCAAAAUCGCAAGCCAUACAAUGUCACACGUCUCCCCCAGCCUACAUCCAAGCCAAACAAUGUCACACGGCUCCCCCAGUCAACAUCGCAAGCCAAACAAUGUCACACGGCUCCCCCAGCCUACAUCGCAAGCCAUACAAUGUCCCACGUGUCCCCUAGCCUACAUCGCAAUUGAAACAAUGUCCCAGGUGUCCCCUAGCCUACAUCGCAAGCCAUACAAUGUCACACGGCUCCCCCAGCCUAAAUCGCAAGCCAAACAAUGUCCCAUGUGUCCCCUAUUCUACAUCGCAAGCCAAACAAUGUCCCAAGGCUACCCCAGCCUACAUCGCAAGCCAAACAAUGUCCCAGGUGUCCCCUAG